AUGCCGGUUUGCCUGGACUCAACUGGAACUGGAAGUGAAGAAGUGAAAUAUUUGUCUGAGGUCCUGCAGAGUCCAAGCAAUAAGAUACAGGAGAUAAACCUGUCUUUGAACAAUGUCAAUGUUGAAGGGGCAGAACUUCUGUCUGUUGCCUUACAGAGUCUUAAUUGUAAGAUACAGGAUAUACACCUGUGUAGAUGCAGAAUCAGAGACCAAGGGACAAAACAUCUAUCCAAGGCUAUACAAAGCCCACACUGUAAAAUACAGAAUAUAAAUUUGUCUGGAAAUGAAAUUGGAGAAUCAGGGACUGAAUAUCUAUUCAAGGCACUGCAGAGCCCACACAAUAAAAUGCAGAUGAUAGACUUAUCUUACAACAGAAUUGGAACUGUAGGAGCAGCACAUGUGUCUGAAGCCCUGCAGAGCCCACACUGUAAAGUACAGACCAUACACUUAUCUUCCAACAACAUCGGACCUGAAGGAGUGGGACAUCUCUCUAUAGCCUUGAAGAGCCCACACUGCAAUGUACAGAACAUAUACUUAUCAAACAACAGCAUUGGACCUGAAGGGACAGCAACCCUGUCUGAGGCCCUGCUGAGCCCACAGUGUAAAAUACAGAAAAUUGACCUAUCAAAGAACAACAUUGGAGAUGAAGGAGCAGCAUACCUGUCUAAAGCCCUGCAGAACCCACAUUGUAAAAUAGUGGACAUAAGAUUAUCUGAGAACAACAUUGGACAUGAAGGGGCAGUACAUCUUUCUAAAACCUUGCAGAGACCUCAUUGUAAACUACAGAGCAUAUACUUAUCCUACAAUACAAUUGGAGCUACAGGGGCAGCACACUUGUUUGAGGCCCUGAAGAGCCCACACUGUAAAAUACAGAAGAUUGACCUUUCACUGAGUAAAAUUCCAGAAGAGUGGAAGAAAAAACUGAAUUCACUGUACAGAAGGCCGCAGAAUGUGAGACCAGGAUUUAUAAUCGAUAUAUGAGAAGACUAACCAUUCCCAGGUGUCAAAUAGAGAGGCGGCGAUAGUAUGGGCUUGGAAAUAGCUGUCAUCAAAUCUGAGAUUGAAGAUAAUAUCAUAUGCAUUUUUCCUGUGCCUGCAGUUAUAUUCAAUGUAUGGAACAUCAUAUAUCAUAUAACUUUUAAUGUAGAUUUGAAAUGCUUAGCCCACCGAAUCUGCUCAAUGUCCCGCCUAAUGAAUACAUUGCAGUUCUUUGUUUACUGUAAUUGAACUUCACAUUCAUUAAAUUAUGGUUGCUU